CCACGGAUUGAGGCUACAAUGAAUCGCUAUCGGAAAUUGACGAGACGCGCUGGGGCUAGCUGGUUAGCGUGCUAACUCAAGUCGAAGAAAAGACGUGAUAGAGACUAGAAUUAAGAUUGUUGUUGCUUCCCACCACUGGAGACAGCUCUUGGCGAGUAAAGGAAUGAAGUUUGAGGCUGAAUUCGCGUUUCUUCUAGACUGGCAAACAAUGAGCCUACAUCAGCUCCAAACGCCUCCCUGCAUCUUUCCACAUCAUUCAAACGCCGCUCGUCUGACAAGGUGCAGGUAACAUCCCGAAGCAAAAUCUGACUGUCUCCCCGGCAGCUGGAGAAACGCUUUGUGUGUCUGGCUCUCCGGGUUCUUCUGCACACACGGAGCAUCAGCCGGAGGAGGAAGAGCCAUUGGCCCCGAGUAGUUGAUGACGGAGGGUGGAGACCUGUUAGGACGAGCGCGGUGACUCUCCAGGAGCGCGCAGAGUGGCGCACGCUGGAACAAAAACAGCUCAGUGCACCGAGUGCAGCGCAGGCAGGUUUCCGUUUUAAAAGCAGCAGGAGAGGCAGGAGAGUUACGAGAGUCCACGGGGGUAAGCGGUGUCUGUGCAUGAGAAAGACGGGACCCCUCUGUUAAAACGACCGGGAAAUCGAGAAGAGGAAUCAGCGGCGGAACUUGGAUAUGGCGGGCGUGAAGACGGUCGACCUGCUCGUUGGAGUUGUUUUAGUUUUGCAGUGUGUGGGGAAUGUCCGAGCCGAGAUCCCAGCCAGUAACGCGGUCUCUUACUCAUAUGCGGAGGGGCAGGCAGGAGAUGAGGACGCAGCAGUGGACGUGAAGCUCUACAGUCACCGGUGGAGGAGAUGGCUUCCCCCAAAACCUCGUAACAUGGACAGUAACAGGGCCAGUCAGGAGCAGGACCAGGAGCCCGAGCAGGAAGAGCCUGAUGGGUUCCCAGGGCUGCUCUCAGCAGAGGAAACAGACAACAGCUCCCAGAUAGAGGAGGAUACAGAUCACAACUACUACACAUCAAAAACAUAUGGGCCGUCAGAUCCAAUGAGCAAGGACUUGUGGGUAAAUAUUGACCAGAUGGACAAGGAAAAAGUGAAGAUCCAUGGCAUCCUCUCCAACACGCACAGACAAGCAGCGAGAGUUAAUCUGUCCUUCGAUUUCCCUUUUUAUGGACAUUUCCUGCGUGAAAUCACCGUGGCAACUGGUGGGUUCAUCUACACCGGUGACGUGGUCCAUCGGAUGCUAACAGCUACACAGUACAUCGCUCCCCUAAUGGCCAACUUUGACCCAAGUGUCUCCAGAAACUCUACUGUUAUCUACUUUGACAACGGUACUGCUCUGGUGGUGCAGUGGGACCACGUCCACCUACAGGAUAAUUACAACCUGGGGAGUUUCACCUUCCAGGCCACGCUGCACAACACUGGCAGGAUCGUCUUCGCAUACAAAGAGAUCCCUGUUGAGGUGUCACAGAUCAGCUCUGUCAAUCACCCUGUGAAGGUGGGCCUGUCUGAUGCCUUUGUGGUGGUCCACAAGAUCCAACAGAUACCCAACGUGAGGCGGAGGACAAUUUACGAAUACCACCGCGUGGAGCUGACGAAGACAAAGAUCACCAAUUCCACAGCCGUGGAAAUGAUGCCUUUACCCACCUGUCUCCAGUUCACCAGCUGCAGCACCUGCAUCUCCUCACAGAUCAACUUCAACUGUAGCUGGUGUCAUCGCCUCAACAGAUGUUCCAGUGGCUUUGACCGCCAUCGGCAGGAUUGGGUGGAUAACAGCUGCCCAGAUGAAACCAAGGACAAGAUGUGUGACAUCAUUGACACAACGUACCUCUAUCCCUUCACCACCACCGUUGUUGCCAAAACAACAUCCAGGAGCAAAGAGGCCACUGCGGGCAGGGACAUGCCCUCCACCUCCCACCCUCCCACCAGUGUCCCCACUGAAGAUGACACAAAGAUCGCUCUGCAUCUCAGAGACAACCAGGCAGACAGCACUGUGGGCAGGAUGCCAGGUACACACCCUCUACACACUGGUCUGAUCCUCGGUAUCCUGCUGGUGAUGCUCAUCAUGGUUGCCGGCGUGCUGGUCACCGUCUACAUCUACCACCACCCCACCUCUGCCGCCAGCCUCUUCCUCAUCGAGAGACGCCCGAGCAGGUGGCCAGCCAUGAAGUUCCGCCGGGGGUCAGGUCACCCAGCUUACGCGGAGGUGGAGCCGGUGGGCCAGGAGAAGGAGGGCUUCAUCGAGUCCGAGCAGUGCUGAGCGUCCCUGCGGCCCCGCCCCCCCUCCCCCCCCUCCGACCACCACCCCACACCUCCUGUGCCAGCCCUCCUCCCUCCUGCUCCACGGGGACUUCUCACCAGGGACCUCCAGGAUCUGCUGAUCAUCGGAGGAGCUCAGUGUACACAAUGACUCGUUAAAGACUGUCGUACCGGCCCAUUGAGUGCUAGAUGAGACUGGAUGCAGCGGCCGCCAUUAUGGGGAAGUGAGAAAACCCUGAAAAACGAUCCCAGACAAACGCAUUGUUCAGCUCCUGUUGGACAGGAACUGACCUGUCGGGGACAGAGGGAGGGGACAGCAUUGACGUCAUCGACUCAGUCACCAUUGGUUAAGAGUUUGUACGGCUGCUGUCAUGUUGCCAUGGAGGGAUUGUACAGCCUGACUGCCUAGACCGCUACUGGUGUGUCUGAGGGGGGAGCAGGGUGAAUUAUACAAUAUAUAUUUUCAGAAACAAUACAGAGUAUGUGAACAGAGAUUUCCACUUAAUUGUCGGUGGGGUUAUACAGUAUAGGCCUUUGUAUAUCCAUCAGGUUUUUUUUUUUUCUUCUUUUCUUCUUUUCUUUCAGUGUGUUGUUUUUCACAGGGGUUGGCACAUGUAUCUGUAUAGACCGUCGGUAUUGCUUUUCAAUACAAUAGCAGGCUUCAUUGACUUUUCCACAGCCCGCUCUGCACAGAGAGGCUGCGGCUGUGCGACAUGACGCGAGCUGAACUCCUGUCACUGCGAUCGAUCACACCUCGGAGUACAGCUCUGACCAUUCAGCGUUUUGUUGAAUUAUUAUUUGGCUGGUUUCAUUUUCUGAAAAUGAAGUGUGAUGUUUUUCUUUUUUUUUUCUGUUCACUGAGAAUAUAUCAGUGUUUUUGUGUUUAGUUUUUUGAGUGGGUGAUGGGCACACUCUAUCUUUCUCUCUAUCUUGAUUGGUUCUUUGAUUGAUUCCUUACGUCAUCGAUACCAUUUUAUUUGUUUUUUUAUUUUUGCUUUAUUUUAUUUUCUUCAUUACUGCCGUGCCAUUUUGUCCCUGACUAGGGUUUGCACUUUUUUUUUUUCUCCAUGCACAUUUUUUUUUCUUUCUCAUUUGACAUGUGGUACUGAUGCAAAAUUGCAAGACAGGCGCUUGUGAGUGUGAAUAUAUUUUCUAAAGUGUAAGUGAUUCCUGUGCGUGUGUGUGUGUGAAUGUGUGUGUGUGUGUGAAUGCAGAAGAGAGCAGUUUACAGUGGUGACUGGAUAUCCACCUGCUUUAUGGGUGCAUAUGUUUGAGCUGGCUCUGCACAGUUGAUUCUUAUUGAUUUGAAUCUGAGGUAUCUGGAUACAGUUUGUGUGAGCGAGAAAACACACUGGUCUAGUUGGAGUUUUUUUCUUGAUUUUACCGUGUGGUUUCCUUUUCCAGUAUGUCGCCAGCAUAACCAGUUCUGUGUCCAUGUUUAACAACUAUGAUUGACUCAUCCGUAUUAACACAUAAAUGUAUAUACCGAGGCCAAAACAUUUGCAGAUUCAGGUAACUCAUGGCAAACAUUUUUAGUAUAGCAGUAAUAGUACUGAAAAACUUUAUUUUUUAUGAGUGGCCUUUUUUUCUGUACUUUUUUACUUAAAUGUGAAUACUGUUCCAGUCAUUGCUGUCACCGAUCAAAACACAAGGCUUCUGACUGAGCAAAUUCAAACACUCAUUUCUACUGUUGAUUAUUAUUUCCUGACAAAAUCAUGUUUUUACACCAAUGAUUGUAGACGCAUUUUUUACAGACACUAUCAGUUUCCUGGAAUUCUACUGAAAAGUUAAACGUGCAAUAUUACACCCGUUCAGUUUGACACUGAAAAAGCACCUAGAUCCUUUUUUUUUUUUUUUUUCUAAUUCACACCUUGUCACCAUCACAUUGAGACCAAAGACUAAUCAGCAUCUGAGUGCGAUAUAUUUACCUCAGACUCCCCACAGCCUCCACACCUCAGUACUCAGCGCACCACCGUACAGAACAGACCAGUUAGUGGAGUGUGUAGUGGUUUGCUGGUUAACUUAUAGUGGUGCCAUUUAUGAUGUCGUUUCUCUAAACCCCGCCCCCAAACAGCGAUUGUCCAAUCAUAACUUUGGAGCGGAUCAUUAGUUAAAUACUGUAACACAACCUGUUGAAUCUUUAAAAGAUAAUUAACCUGCAUGUUUGAAAAAAGGUUGUUUGAGACUCCAACCAUCCAGAUGAAGAAUUAUUCUGUCUGCUGAAUUAUGAUUAAAAAAAAGAGUCUGGUUAGAAGAGUCUUUUAAUAUUCUGAAAAUACUGUCUAACUAAACCGAAUCUAACCCGAACAUAUGCUAAUACACAAGAUGUACAAACUGGGGUUAAUGUUUCCCAAGAGUUACGUUCCCCAGACCGGUUGGUUAAUCAGUCGUCCUCCUAAAAGUCGUUUCUCUUAUGUUAAAAGUGAAAUAGUUUAGAAAUCUCAUGUAUCAAUCUGAAUGAGAGCAUUUAAUCCUCUAAAUACACUCUCAUUAACACAACAGCUAUAACCUACACACCCCAAAGAUAAAGUACAAACACCAAAUUAGGGACUCACUGGCUGUUUUAAUGCCUCACACACACCCUCCUUCAUAACGCCCCUGAGGUCUGAUGUGGUCUCAUUGGUACCAACCCCAUUUUUAAACCCCACUUCAUGAGUCCUCCUAACUUCCUUCCACGAUUGUGUUUUAAAGGCAAACAGGAGAGAACAGGGAGGUUUAGUUUAACGCACCAGUGGCGUCUUCAUGCCUACAGAUGUUUGUUGUUUUUUUUUUUUGUUUUUUUUUUAAAAAUAUAUAUUGUUUGAUCUAUCCCUGUGGAGAAAAGCUCUUUGCAAUUGCUUGGGACAUCUGCUUGUUGCACACUGCCACCUGAAACUGCAAGUGUUUUUAUAACCACUCUCCAAACGCAGUCAGAGAAAGUGGCUGACGGUCGGAUUCUUCUGCAAAAGCUGAAAAUGCUCUGAGCAUAUAAACAGGAGGUUUGUCCGGCAGCCAAACCUUCACUUGCUUCACUGGACUUGACUAAUUGCUUUCACUCCCACUUUCUUAACAUGUUGUUUGAGAUGAUGAUGAUGAUGAUGAUGAUGAUGAUGAUGAAGCAGCAUGGUGGUGUUGUUGGGAUGGGUAACUGCUGUGUGCUGUUCUUUAUUCUCUGACUUAUGAAUUGGAUUGGAUGGCGGUAGCCAGAGCUCAAUGUAAAGAGCUCAAUGUAAAGAAACGAGACGUGGACUUUUCUUUCAGCUGUGACCUUGUUUUUAUGUUAUCAUGACACUCCAUAGCACACAAUAAGACUCAAAAUCACACAGUAUCAUGGCUGUCUGUAAUUUCUGUAACUACUGUUGUUUUGAUUACAUUUGAAAUAAUAAACAAUGUUAUUAAAAACACUCA